AUGUUGAACAAUAUCCACUAUGAAGAUUACCUCACUUUUGAUGAUGUGACUUUGGUUCCACAAUACAACAAUGUGCCAUCGCGUUUGCAUCCAUCGUUGGAUUCUUGGUUGACAAAGAACACUAAAAUUGGUAUUCCUCUUCUUGCAGCAAAUAUGGACACUGUGAUUUGCGAUGAAUUGGCUGACGUUUUAAUUGCUAAUGGAGGAAUUCCAUUGUUCCACCGUUUCACUUCCUUCGAAACCCAAGCCAAUUGGGCACAAAAGUACAAGGACAAUUGUUUCAUUUCAUGUGGUUUGAACGAUAUGGAGUCAACAGUUAAAUUGUUAGAACUAGGAGCUAAAGGUGUCGUGAUUGAUAUUGCUCAUGGUCACUCCGAUGCCAUGUGCUCAUUCAUUAGAAAUUUGAAAAAGCAAUUACCACACAAGGAAGUCAUUGCCGGUAACGUUUGUACGGCUAUGGGCUAUCAGGAUCUUGUCUCUGCUGGUGCCGAUGCUGUCAAGGUUGGAGUUGGUUGCGGAGCUGCUUGUACCACUCGUAUCAAGACUGGAUUUGGUAUUCCUCAAUUCAGUGCCAUCAAGAAUUGUGCUGAUUUGGCUCGCAAACUCCGUGUGCCAAUCAUUGCCGAUGGUGGAAUUGUUUUUGAGAGAGACAUGGUGUUGGCAUUGGCUGCCGGAGCAAGCUCUGUCAUGAUGGGAUCAAUUUUCGCCAAGACCAUUGAAAGUGCUGCACCCAAGUUCAAGAAAGUUGAAAAUGAUAAGGAAAUUACUUUGGUCAAAUAUAGAGGACAAGCUAGUAAGGACUUCCAAGAUGAUUACUAUGGUGGUUUGAAGAAGGGCACUGUGCCAGAAGGAGUUGCUUUCUAUGCCAAGUGUACUGGUUCUGCUCAAGAUGUCAUUGACAACUUUUGUGGAGCUUUGAGAAGCGCUCUCACUUAUGGAGGUGCUAAGGAUAUCAAGGAAUUGCAAAGAAAGGCUGAAUUCGUUCGAGUUACACACAGUUUUGGUAAAGAGUCUCAUCCAAGACCAGAGAAUAUCACUUUGUAA